AUGCCAUCAAGUAACACUCUUCCACCAUGGAGAAAGUAUUUAACGGUGGAACCUGUAGUUUUUUUCUACUUCUUCGGCUUUCUAAUGUAUAUACCAGUUGCUGGAAUAUACGUGUACGAACGAGUCAGUGAAAUGAAGGGCUUCCCGUAUAAAAAUGUCAUUCGAGAAGAAGAAAGUUGUGGAGGUGAAAAAUUAAACAGAAACUCGUCAUUAUGGCGUCUUGAAGAAGAGGUGAGGCGAACGUUUUAGCUAUAGGCACAGUUUCACAGAAUUAGACAUGAGACAAACACUAGACAUUUUACCGCUGCAGUUCUAUGUACGCCGCGCAAGUGCAUGUGUGGUUCGGUGCGAUAUCUUGAGAAAUAUAUUUCGUACCAUACCAACAGACAAAUCUCAAAUGCUCUCUCACCUGGCCAAGCGUGCAGUUCAAGAAACGGCUUCAUGCAUAGGAGUAAUCCUCAAUUAUGUAUUUGAAUCCAAGUAAGAUGAUGUUCUAAGUAGCUCAAAUGUUUUAAUGUUCCACAUUUUCAGGUUCAAAGUCUUACCUCUGAAAUCGGAUUAAUCUACAACCUUUGUCUUGUGAUCCCUUCUCUUCUUUUGACUCCCAUAUGGGGACCCUGGACAGAUAGGGGAGGCAAGCGAAAACCCGCCCUGCAGUUUGCUAUCUUAGGCGCAUGCUUAGAGGUGAUAGUCACACUACUGGUGAUGUACUUCAAAUGGUCUGUAUAUGUCUUAUAUUUAUCCGCGACAAUCAGUGGGUUCUCUGGUUUUACUACAGUUUUGAUGGUGGGAGCCACGGCGUACAUAGCUGAUAUUUCUGAGAAAGAAGAAAGAGCUUUUCGAAUAGGUGAGAAGCCUACUGUAACAUCGUCAGUAGCUGAGAGUAAACUUAAAUAAACACUAUUUCAUAGAAUUUUUAAUCAACCAUGAUUUGAUGUGAUGAAGGUCUUUAAAUCUCGAUUUCAUUUUGAUUAUAAUAUUCGUAUCCUCCACUAUCACACCAUCACAGUAUGUCUACUUUUUGCGCAUUUAGACGUUAUAAGAUGGGUCUGACAGCAGCUGUCGAGAGACUUGCAGAAUCUUCUUAAAAAUUAAUUUUGUAUUUUUUCCCUUAUUUACAGCUAUGUUAUAUCUGGCAAUUUUCUUAGCUGGAGUCAUCAGUUUAUUGACCAGCGGGUUCUGGAUGGAAUAUGUAGGUUUCAUCCCAUCUGUCUGGUUCAUAUGGUCCUGCUAUUUUCUCGCUGGGGUCUGGACACUAUUCUGCGUGCCAGAAAUUCCAAAGCCAGUAACAGACACGUCAGCUAGCUUUUUCAGCACUGAAAAUAUCAAGGGUUUUGUCAAUUUGUUCCGAUUGCAAAGAGAAGCUGAAAGAAAGAAUCUCUUUCUGCUGAUGUUUUGUGGAGGGGUCAUAUACUUGUCCAGAGUGGGUAGCAGUGGCGUAGAGACGCUUUAUGUACUAAGAAGUCCUCUCUGUUGGCGCCCCACGUUGGUGGGUUAUUGCGCCGCUUUUGAAAUGUUUGUGGAAGGUAUUGGAAGCGUAGUCGGGGUAGAGAUCUUUAGACGUUGUUUUCGGGAGAUGAAUGUUGUGCGUAUCGGUAUAGUGACGUUUAUGAGUGCAUCGGUUCUACUUGCUUUUUCAGAUCGUACUUGGAUGAUUUUUGUUGGUAAGUAAAUAGGACGAAUAAAAUCGUAUUCGGGAUCUAACAUUUUUUUAAAAGGUCUUUUUUAUCCAAACAACCUUUCUCCCGGCCCGUCCCGGGGUAUCUCUGCUAUUAACGUUCCCAGUCCUCUCUUUGGCUUACACUAAGAGGUCUGGGAACGAGAUUAGGCCCUCCCCUUCAAUGAACUUUAUUUCAACACAGAAUUCUAACAGAUGAUCGCUGAUUUGCAUUGAAGCUGUGUUACAAACUGAAAAAAAAAAAAUAGGACAAAAAUGAAUUACAAUGUAAAAUGAUGAAAACAUCAUAUACGUAAGACAAACUUAAAGCAAAGGGCAGACAUACACCGACCCACGGCCUGGCCAGUACCUCACGUAUCCCAUCUAACAGCUCCCACAUGUAUUGUGUAGAGUUGGCGCUUAAAAUAGUGCUUUGCCCUCGCCUCGGCAGAAAAGGGUCUUUGAGACACGGGUUGACCCGACGGCUAUGCUAUGCUGAUGAGCCCCAAUAAGGGCGAAACAGCUGUCCAUGGCUGCCACUGCCCGGGUGAUAUGGCUGUGCGCAUGUUAGAGGUACUGGCCAGGCCAUGGAUUGGUGUAUGUGUGCCCCUUUCGUUUAUAACCCCCCCCCCACUUAUACAACCAGUUAUAGGCCCCCCUCUCGUACCGUGUAUUGAAAUGAAUUCGACUUUUUACGACGUUUUUGAGCUUAAAAAAGCAAUCAAAUUCAAAAAGUCUUUUGAUCAGCACUUUUAUGUAGCUUGUUUUGAAACCACUUUUUUCAGUUCGGUUAUCAAGCCCCUCCCCCGUUUAUAAGCCCUCCUUAAACCUCUUAGGAAGUUGUAUAAGUCCAGGGAUUAUAAUCGGAAGUUUACGGCAUAAUACAAGAUAGCGUAAAUGGGAAUAAGGGAAAUAAUUAAGCAGACGACCUUGAGCGGGCUAGGCCAUAGCAACGCCCCGCGCACUCACGUAAUCACACGAUCGACUAACACUAAAAAGUAAGUAGGGGCUAUUUGACUGUAGAUCUAGGUCAAACAAAGCUUCCUGAAAAGACAAAGUAAUAAAAUUAAUUUAAAUUAUUUCAGUAAUUCAGUUGGGACUGUUGGCAUCUUCAAUGCACUUCCUAACCCAGUGCUAAUGGGUGAAAUGUCAAAGAUUGUGGGAGAGGACGAACAAGGUAAUUAACUAACUAGUUUCUCAGUAGACAUGUCAUUAAGUUCCUAAAGAAACUUAGUCGUUUGAAUCAAAGGUCUAUAUACCAGCUUGUUUACCAUAUACGCGACUUCAGAUUGCUCAAUUUCCUUCUAAAAAAAGUUCAUUGCCAAACGUAACGGUCUUUGCUUGCCCAUUUAAACGGAGAAGUUCGCCCAAUUCGAGAGCGAGGACGACUGCGAGGACCCGGAACCCGGAAAGCUUUAUUGUACUUAUUUAUCACCAGAAAGUUUAGCACAGUUAUUCUUAUUGAAGGAGUUUAAGCUUUCUUUCAAUCACAAAGUGCUAAAACUUGUGUUAAUCAUUCUUCUCGUAGAAUGCCAAAUGACGCUAUUCACGAGUGCGAGAAAAGUCGUCCUCGACUUGAAGGUCUCCGCUGUUAGCGCUAAAAGUCAAAACUCUCUUUAAAAUUGACAUCGCUGGGACUACCACUAUGUGUCCGACUGAGAGAGUUAUCCUCCUUAUAUAGCGUUAAAGAAAAUGGCUGAAUAACAGCAGGAAACAGGUCUAGGUGUGUGUUUUAGAGAGGUCUCAUCGUUAUAGAGGAUCGAAAGCGCCGACGUCAUUGUGUAUUUUCUAUCCUAUAGGUUCCCUGUUUUCUGUGUAUGGUGUUGUUACCGCUAUAAUGCAGCUUGUGGGUGCUGCGAUUUUCAACAAUGUAUACCAGGCGACCCUGGGGCUGACAUUCCCGGGCUUAGUGUUCGUAAUCCGCGCCGGGUUGGUUAUCAUUCCUUUUGUAUUUGUCAGGUAAGCAUCGCGGUUGAUGAUUCUAGUUCAGCACUUACAAAAAAACAGCAACCGAGCAACGACGACGACAACAAGAACAACUAAGGACCAAACUCCUAUUACUUAAAACUGACGAAGGAUAAACGGAAAAUCGAAAAGUGACAACGGAUAGGCUUGCAAUACUAUGUACUGAUGACGGACUCAAAACAGAUGAUGGCAUGUUCAUGGAGGUUGCAUUUAGCACAGGAAUCACACCUCGUGUUUUGUCAGUAUUUUACUCGGCUUGGAGUUCGUUAUGACCCAAAAAAAAGGAAAAGCAACAAAUGCAUAAUAUAUGUCUUGAAAUGCUGCUUACGUGGCUCAUUCUAGUAAAGAAUGUGUGGUAAAUAGAAAAACACCUUUACGGUGAUUUUCAAGGUUUUCUUGGUACUUAGGACAUGAUUUCUUUCAAACUGGACAGCAAAACCACGACUAUGAAUAAACCAGUGAAACUCUGAGGAAUCACUAAAAAAAUAAAAUAAAGAAAUAAAUAACAUAAAAUUGAAGAACCAGCAGCAAGCUGAUCAUUGCGGGGAACAAUUAACAGAAGAAAAGCAAGACAAAUAAUAUUUGAAAUUUUUUUUUUUGUUUUGUUUUACGUUUGUUUUGUUUUGUCCCUCUUCUCUUUGCCAUAAGGAUAAAUUUGCUGCUGUCUUGUGGACUGAUUUUCUUUUAUCUUUCCUUCAACAGCUUUAUAGAACUGCCACGUGUUAACGACCAGGCGGAAGAAACCCAAGCUUUGCUAGGGAAUCAAGGGAAAGUUCCUACAACGUGCUAAAUAGUACACUGAAUACUGAUCCUCGUUGGGUUUCAAGUACAGAUGACUUUUGACGUUUUUCCUAAUAAGGGAAACAUGUUAGGCACACCUAACAAUAUUGCAUCGAAAGCUACUCUUGUUGCCCUAAGGACUCUCCACCUCGCAGGAGUUCUCCACAAUUCCUUUUGUCCUUACUUUUCCCUUCUCACGGACGCAGAAGUGACUUAUUUUGUGAAGUACAAGGAACAGAUAUCACAGUAAUCAUACCGCUGAAAGCUUUCACUUACUACCGGGCGCGCCAGCUUAAUACUAGUUAGUCUUCAACAUAUCGAACGGUGACAAGUGUAUUCAAUGACCUUUUCUAAAAUGUAUUUACAGGUAUGUCUUUAGUUUAUACGGGCUCCUGUCUAUUUGUGUCUUUGCUUGCUUUAAACAGAAAAUCCUUUCGGUAACCUCAGAAAAAGGAUAAGCGUUUUCGUUGGUAGACCAAAUAAUCCCGUAAAAAAGGCGCCAAACUUUCUCCUCUCUCCAACAUGCCUCUCAAAAAUGUCCCCACAAGUUAUACGAAAGUACAAUUAAUGGAAGCAGGAACCCAUAUGGGCUUCGAGUACAAUUGACUCCCGAUAACUCGAACCCUCACUAACUCGAACCAAAAUCGAUUUCCCCUGGAAUUCCGUCAUACAUUUAGUGUAACUUUACCCUCGGUAACUCGAACCCUCGUUAACUCGAACCUCCCGCUAACUUAGCGAAACCAUAGUUAUUAGAGGAGACUGGUUAUGAAAAGCGGCAAACAUCAAGGAUAAAAACAACAGUGCUGCAGUUUAUGUUGGAAGUACGCUGAAAGUGCACAAUCCUUUGUUUUCUGUUGGCAAAUUGUUACGGAAUAAAUUAAUGCAACGUUUUUAUUGGUCAAUACAAUCAAAAUGAUAGGAAUUCUUUUGAACGUUGUGCACUUUCAGGUCCACAAAAACAUAUAACAAAGGAGACUGACGAGUUUCAUAACCAUUCCACUCAAUUAACUAUGGCGAAACGUUCCCAGCGGCGAAGACCGAGGAGAAACGAAUGUUUUCGCAGGCUACCGCUAACUCGAAGUAGUUUUUGUUUCCCCUCAGAUCAUUUCUAUAUAAUUUACUCUCGAUAACUCGAACUAUGUUUUGAGCCCUUAAAACGUCAGGAAAAAAACAUUGUACUGGCGUCCGAAACAUUGAACUUUAUAUUUCCCUUUGACGUGUGGUAGGCUUGUAGUUUACUAGUGGAGGCUGAUGUUGUUUGUCACAAAACUAACGUGUCAGGUUUAGAGUCUGGAAACAGUAAAACGCAUACUUUAUUUAGGCUAUGUGUUUUUACGUUUUGUUCCGAUUUAUAAUCAAGAAGUAUCUCUAAAUUUUCACUUGACAUUUCUUCAAUUAAAUGCGAUUAAAAUGUUCACUGUGCAACAAAAACUGUUCUUUUCCUUACUUACGGCCAGUUUCUUCGAGCUCCCUAUAACUCGAACUCCCGAUAACUCGAAUUGUUUUCGAUUUCCCUUGAAGGUUCGAGUUAUCGGGAGUCGACUGUAGUUCCCCUUUUUGAGCUGGUCGGGUAGAUCAUCAGAUCAUCAGAUUCUUAUAAAAGAGAAAAGAACUUUAUUAAAAAUUUGCUGCAUCACUCAUUAUUAAAAGACAGUUGUUUUAAAUGCAUUUCUAGCUAAUAUAAACACCUUAGUUUUCAAUUUUCUCAGCGGAAUAUUGCCCCACCCCUUAACUUAAAAAUUGUCAGCCUUACGGGUUCGGAUAAGCCGCCAUCACACACUUAAUAUUGCCCCGUUUUCCCUCUUGAAGGCAGGUUUUUCCGCCUAGAUAAGCGAUUUCAAGUUUCUUGCAAACCUACAACCUUGGACUGAAUAAAAUGGAACAGCAAAUCCCCAUUCCUCUAAAUCGAGAAGGAAACCGCGCGAAGGACAAAACGCGUCAUGGCCUUUAGAACAAUAGAGAAUAUACUUUAUUAGAAUUACUGGGUUGUCCUUUAUUUUGGAGAUAUACUUGAAAAAUUCCUUGUUACUUUGUUUCGAAUAUGCGAAGAAAACUGAAGGAGCUUCAAGGCCGAGAUUAAGACCACGAGUAGUACUAGGAGUGCGAAAAUCGUCUCCCGCGAGGAAAGUGACGUCGCGUCAACUUCUUCUCACGCGUACUUGUGUAAUUCACUAGCUUUACAAUCUUUGAAAAAAAAAAAAAAACGACGAAGUAGGCGGAUACGCGAAGUCUAUUGCGAACCUGCAACUGAACCUUGGACAGAAUAAAAUGGAACAGUAACCCUUUCACCCCCACCCCGCGAAAAUCAAGGAGAUGAAGCUCAGCGAGGGCUAAAAUGCACCAUUUCCCUCUCUUUGCCCCGACCAAGGUAUGCUCCUAAGAUUACAAAAUAAACCAAAUUGCGUGACACAGAGCUGUGUAAACUGCUGUUUGUAAUCCAAUAUUUUCUUAUAUCAUUUACCGAUAUUAUUUACCGGUAGUCAACAAGUAAAUAAGAUCAUCGACACUAACCAUCAUUGCAGUAUAUCAAGGUAGGCUUUUGCAUUGCUUCGUUAGCGUUGUGAAAGAUAUAGGCAGUAGCCUUAGUUAUUUGGCACGUGAUGUUAGUAGAUCUAGGUGAUCAGUGCCAGGAGCCGAUUACCCCGCUCCUGUCAGCACUGACACUGGCAUCAUUUCGGGUCGUUUACGGAGGUGGCAAGCAACGUCGUCCGCAGCGAAAGUGUUGGACAAGUUAAUUUAAGGAUCAGCAGAUAAGGCAGGGUAACUUGGCGCAAUAAAGAAUGACUAUGUAAUUUUGUAUCGUAGGGUUUUCCGAACGGUUGCCCGCACCUCCGUCAGCACAACUACUUUUGCCCCCAGCACUGAGUCACUGUGAUCGUGUUUUGCAUGCAUUCAGCGACCUGUUCCGCCUAUUAAUCCGAAAUCAUUCCGGCACAAUUUUCAAAGAAUGGUGUUGUCAUGUUUAACUGUAAAUUUCGAACAUUGAAUCAAAUUCCAUGUCAUGUAGACUUAUUUUCUUCAAUGUCAUUGGGCCUAUUUUUGUUAACCGUGUUUUCUUUGCUAACAUGCUCAUCAGCUCAUCAACUCCACAUUACCCUUCUGCUUCGGAACGUGUCCAACUAGUAGCAGUAGUAAUUAAAAUAAUUGAUUGGUGGAUAUAUAUAGCUGAUAACCAAUUGAAGGCAAUUCAAUUUCACCGAUUUUGGGACUUCACCACUGUUGUUUCCAGGGACCGCGGAGCAAGGUGAAAAGUGGGAGGGCUGACAAUUAAAAUUAUUUUUUUCUAAUAACCGACCAACAUACACUGUCACUUCAGAUUCAAUGCAAGAAAAGACGCGAUUAGAAUUUUAGUAUAGAAAAUACUACACCGAAGUGAUCUGAAAAAUUUCUAACUAUGACCGUUCACUGUUCAAGUAAUGUAAUUCUUCUUGCCAUCGAACAUUUCAUUGAUUCGAAAGGAGAAAGACAAAAUAUAAAACUUUUAUCGACUCAAAACAACUACUCACCUUCGUUUGGCUUCAAAAAGCUAGUAAUUUUCUUCAUUUCGUGUGAUAAAACUGAUAAAAACUCUGCCGAAGCUGGAAGUACAAAACACGCUGCCGAACGAAGCGAAGGGGUGGCCAAGGCAUGGCGUUUGAUCAAGGGGCAAGUCGGCCCCAGGGCACAAUUACCGCGAAAAGCACAGGAGACCCACAAAAUGCCUGGCGUUUGAAAUUAAAGAAAAUACAGAGAAUAUAGCGGAAUAUGGACGGAAAAAAACUUGUUUCGUCUUUUUUUUAUUUUAAUUAUUUUUCUUUUUAGCACAAAAAGUGGGGGCGGGGGCGCAAAAAAGUGGUGGGGCCGCGGCCCUACCAGCCCCUCCCCCUCCGCGGUCCCUGGUUUCACCGACCUUUGCGCUUGCAAAAAGAACGCCUAUUUAUUGGAGUGAUUUCUUUCCUCCCCUCUACAUUUGGGAUCCCGGUGAAUCAUCUUAUAAUCGGAAUUCAGUUUGCCAACCGAGUUGACUGACGGCGUCAAACUGCAGUUAAAACAUUUGUGUCCAUUUCCAAAUAAAAAAGAUAUUUCUUUUAUAUUAUAUUUUAUAUAUUCGUAGAUGCCGGAAACUAAGACAGGAAUUCCCUUGUGGAGAAAAUACUUAACAGUGGAACCCGUAGUAUUUUUCUACUUCUACGGCUUUCUAAUGUAUCUUCCAGUCUCCGGAAUAUACAUAUAUCACCGAGUUAGCGAUAUGAAAGGGUUUCCCUACCAAAACUUCAGCCAGCAGAAUGGUGGGUGCGGCGAUCACGAGGAUUUAGCAACUAAUGAAUUGUGGAAACUUGAACUGGAGGUAAGUUAAGUGAAAAAUGGGAAAUGAUUAAAUUCCACCGUGCGCAACUUGUUUUUUCUUUUUGCUGCAUGAGAGACAUAUUUCACUUACAGUGAAUCGAAAACAGGAAGGACCUAAAUUCCCUCGUUAAAGGGGCUGUGAUCUAAAUAAACUGCUCUAACGAAGAUAUUUGACCGAAUUCAGCAACUAAAGGAAGCACACACUACCAGCUCCACGGUAUAAACAGAACAUUACGCAUGCGCACGGCCAUUUCACCUAAGCGGAUGCGGCGGCGAUGGACAGCUGUUUCGUCCUCAUCACAUCCAGGAGCCCAUAAAGGACUCAUCAGCAUGCAUAGCCCCAGUGUGCGCUGUCUUGCUGAAUUUGGUCUUGAAGACAUUUACCUUCACAAAUUCAGUACGAAGCAAUCCUGAAGUCCGCGUUUUCCAAUUUUAAAAAAGCAUGCGCUGCAAAAUAUCAAACUUCGAAAAUUUAAACGACAUGAAAGCUUCGGUCAAGUCGCGGUUUGAAGGGCUUCUCUUGUUAGCUCCGUUCUUGAUGAAUGAGAACUUGCUGUCCGCAGUUUCGAUGUACUAGUCUUUGAAUGGAGAUACGAAUUAGCGGAAUUAUGUUUCAAUGACUAACUUAAAAGAUCUUUGUUUGUUAUUCUAGGUCCAAACGCUUUCCUCGAAAAUUUAUUUGGCCCAAAAUCUUGUUGUGACGAUCCCCUCCCUUCUUGUGGUGCCCCUGUGGGGACCCUGGACAGACAAAGGUGGCAAGCGAAAACCUGCCUUGCAGGUAGGCAUCUUAGGCGCAUGUCUGGACCUCACAGUUCUUUUACUCGUGAUGUACCUCAAUUUGUCUGUGUACUUUCUCUUCCUGGGCGCGGCUAUAAGUGGCUUCUCGGGAUUCGCAUCGGUAAUAAUGACUGGUGCAACGUCUUACAUCGCUGAUGUUUCUAGCGAAGAAGAGAGAACUUUUCGAAUAGGUAAGGGUAAUUUGAGAGCGAUAUAUGUCUAGCCGGAUUUUUGAUAACGUCAUCGCCAAAUAGACCUUUUGCAUCAAACGGUUUUUUCGGCCAAAGACAAUCUUCAAAGUAGCUAUCGUAAAAACUAAUAGUGCAACCAUCCUUUCUUUUCUUCUCUUCCUUUCCUUCUCCUCGCUCUUUCCUUUUCUCCUUUCCUUUUCCUUCGUUACCAUGAUUUUGGAGCUUCUCGGGCUUACGAAACGUGCCUUUUGACGCAUUUUUCCUCAAAUGACUGCAAAUUUCGUAAGGUUGGUUUUCAAAAAACCGACUAGAUGUAUAAUUAUUUUGUUUGUCCUUUCAUAAGGCUCAAAUACUGCAAGACAGGAAACUAAAACAACAAGAGCUGUUCGGGAAUGGGAACUUGAAAGGAAAGGGAUGAUAAAGGGUUAGUCCCUGGUAUAGGGCAUUUUUAGGUGGCAGUAACAAAUAAAUAAAUGAAAAAAAGGAGAGGAAACGAGAAGAACAUGACAUAACGCAGUGAUAACGUGUUUAAACACACUCAAAACUCGAAAAUGAUCUGCCGUGGUUACUUUGCGCGGUAUUUGAAAUCACGUCGGCGUUUAGAGAUUUCUCAAAAAGGGAGAAGAAAGCGUAUUGGAGCAAUUAAGGCUCAUUCUCUAUUGUUCUGAAAUAAAAACUUCCUCGACAGAUUUGUUCUCUUUCAAUGUGCAGUGUAUGAAUAUAUAUAUCUGCCGGUUUGUAGCUUCCUCGUUUGUAGAGUUAUAUCAAACGCUAAGGUGUCUUCCUUUCGAAAUUGCAGCCGUUCUUUAUAUGCAGAUUUUCCUGGCUGGAGUCAUCAGUCAAUUGACCAGCGGUCUAUGGAUAGACAAUGUCGGUUUCAUCCCGUCAGCCUGGUUUAUCUUGGCCUGCUUCCUUCUCGCUGGGACCUGGACCCUGUUUUGCGUCCCUGAAAAGAGCAGAACCUCCGACAACACCCCGGUGCGCUUCUUCAGCACUGAAAAUAUCAAGAGCUUCUUCAACUUUUUUCGGAAACAAAGAGAGGCUGGACGAAAGAAUCUGUUGCUGUCGAUGCUCAGUUCUGGCUUGUUCUUUUUGGUAACAGUUGGAGUAGACGGGGUUAUAACUUUGUACAUAUUGAAGAGUCCCCUAUGUUGGAAUGCAACCUUAAUUGGGUAUUUCUUUGCGUUUGCUUUAUUUCUUCGUGGUUUUGGAAGCGUGGCUGGAGUGAAGUUCUUCGGGCGUUGUUUUAGGGAGUUGACAGUUGCACGAUUUGGCAUGGUUUCUUUGGCGUUGUCUAUGAUCAUGCUGGCCUUUUCAAAUCGGACCUGGUUAGUUUUUGUUGGUGAGUAAGAAAUUCUCUUCCAUGGUAUAAAAUAAAUAAAUAAAUAAAUAAAUAAAUAAAUAAAUAAAUAAAUAAAUAAAUAAAUAAUCAAUCAAUCAAUCAAUCAAUCAAUCAAUCAAUAACGAUUUAGGUGUAGCACGUUCACAUAGUGGUUCUUCGUCUACCGCUACUACUCCUGGUCGAAUUGGAAAUUGGAAAUGUUGGGUUUUUGACAGAGGAGAAAACCGGAGAACCAGAAAAAAAUUUUUCGAAGCAAUGGUGAGAACCAACAACAAACUCAACCUCCAUAGGGCAUCGACGCCGGGAUUUGAACCCGGUCCACAAUGAUGGGAGACUCGAGUGCUCUUACCACUACGCCGUCCCUUGCUGUCAUUAGGAACUUUAAGGUCCAACGACGCGACGGCAACAAGUCGUCGCUUAAAAAGUGAAUUUGCGUUCUUUCAGUCUUUAUAGCGAUUAUUCCUAACCACUUACUUUGUAAACUGUAGGCGAACUCUCCUAAAGCUGAAUUUUAAGGGACCAUAUUUAAGCUCAGAAAGAGAAAUAAAAGUUCGUCGUUGCUUGUUUACGUUCUCCAUAAAAUGCGAAAUUAGGCAUUUUCACGUCUUAGUCAUGUGCAAAAACGGGAGAGAAAUGUACAAAAAAGUGUAAUGCACGAUGCAAAGUGGUUGUUUUGCUCAUUACCCCAUUGUUUUUAUGAUGUUCUCGUUGCCGUCCGUGUCAUUGAAUCUUAAAGUCCCUAUUGUGUAUUCACAGACUUUUGUAUUCUUUUUUUUUUUCAAGCAAGUGCAAUAGGAGUCUUUGGUGCUGUUCCGGAUCCUAUUUUAGGGGGUGGCAUGUCAAGAAUAGUUGGAGACAGUGAACAAGGUAAUGAAUUUAUUAUCCCGUGAACAGACUUAUCUUAAUCACUAGCAGGGUAUAGGGCAAGGUCAGUACGUUUCGAGAGGCCACAGUUUUAUAUUUAUUAGCUUUUAGCUAUUUAUUGUUACAGUGACCAUAUAAAGUAUAUUUACUUACUUACUACUUGUACUUACUUACUAACCAAAUAGGCUUACUUACUUUCAGUUGUUACUUACAACAACAACAACAACAACAACAACAACAACAACAACAACGCCAAGUUUGGUUUGUCACGGUAUUGGGUUUUCUAUGGAAGUUUAUUUGCAGUUGCCUGCAGUACCUAUAUCUAACUACUAAAUAACUUACGUACUUACUUACUUACUUACUUAUAGGCCAUAGAAAUGACGUCAAAAUGUCCCGAAACUCUAGUGGUUUCACUGCAAAGUUUUAAACAUUUUCACCUCAUUCCGUUGGUCUGUUAGUCUGUAAGAGUAAAGAACAUCUCUCGUGGAAAAUUGUUGUUUAGUUAUUUUUCAGAACAUUUAGGGUUUUUAUGCGCCAUAACCGGUGAAGUUUCUUUCGAUUUCGUGCCCGAGAGACAGAGAAAAACAAAUCGCGCCAUGAUCAUUUCAAUUCCCUACAGGUUAUCAGUGUUUUAGAACUCAUCAUGAUCCCCUUCCUAGCGAUGCAAACGUUCCUAAGCAAAUGUAGUUGUUCGUUUCCUAUCUCUGUCUAAAAACCCUUUUAAAAAAAGAGUGUCCCCUGAGUGUUAAGUUCACUGCUUCUUCAUUCCCCCCUUUAGGUGUCUUGUUUUCUGCUCAUGGCGUUGUUAGUGCUAUUACCCAACUGGUGGGCGCCUUGUUGUUCAAUUCUGUGUACCAGGCGACUCUCAGUUUUUUCCCAGGGUUGGUUUUUAUACUUUGCGCGUUGCUGGUGUUAAUUCCUUUGCUGCUUCUGAGGUAAUAUAUAGUUUUAAGACUUCGUUUUUUCUGUUGUUCCUUAGGCACUGUGCACUAUUUUUCGCUUCUUUAGGUGGAUGUCAGUACUAAUUCGAAAGGAUAGUUAGCUGACAGUUCCUUUUUUGUACUUUUGACAGUUUCAUAGAGUUACCGCCCAUUAAAAUCAACGACCUGAUGGCUGGAGAGAACUACGAUUUGAAGGGAAGAAAUGUUCAGAAAGAAAUCGCCAAUGAAAAUGAUAUAAAGGCAAACCAGGUUGCCAACACGGUCUUGUAAUACGAAGCAGUAACUAGGGUCUGCUAGGGUAAAAUAAAUAUUGUAUAAAAAUUUAUAUAGUGCCGCGAGGAAUUUAAACUCAGGCCAGCUCUAGAUCGGUUGAAGGCAUUAAAACCAAUCAAAAAACAAGCUAACAAAAUAACCAAAAUAAUAGAGAAAAAAAAAAGAUACAUGAGAAUAUAAUUACAUGAUUUUGGUAUUAGUUGUUUUUUUUCUUACAGUCUAGUGGAGUCCCCAUGCGAUGCGGCUCUGCUAAAACUGGAAUCUACUUUCGCGUGGUAAUGUCACCGUCAACAGCGAGGUAGCGGUUUCGCUCGGUCAAGGAGACAAGCGCGCCUGGGAACUAAGCUGGGCUUUCAGCAAGUCAGCGUGCAUUUACAGACUAAAUUAAACAGUCUUCCAAAUUCACUUGACAUCCUUCUAGUAAUCACUGUUUAUGAACUUAAUUAAACUCUUUAAAUUCAAGUAUGGUGCUUAUUCAUGAGAGACGCUUUUAAUUAGAUUAAAUAACGACAGGCGCGGAUGUAGGAAAAAUACUGACCGAUUUGCUAAACUAAAGCCGAAGGUGCAAGCUUCUUCGGUGGGGGGGGGGGGGGGGGGGGGGGGGGGGGGGCGGCCCCGGGAGCCUUUGCGGUUAGACACCCCCCGCACUCCCUUUCCCCGGGCUCUUAGGAAUGACACAGGGGAAUGGGUCCCACCCCUUUGUCAGAACAUUGAGCACGGAAAGCACAAAGACAGGACAAUGUAUACAUUUUUUUUAUACUAUGAAAAGUAUGUUAGUGUGUUGUAAGGGUAGAUGUGGAGUGGAGAGAGAUGAAAGAAAGAAAGAAAAGAAGGGGGGGGGGUGGGGGAAAAAGGAAGGGGGGGGGCGGGGAGGGGAGGGGGGGGGGGGGGGGGGGGGGGGGGGGGGGGGGGGGGGGGGGGGGGGGGGGGGGGGGGAUGCGCCACCGGGACAUUUUUGGAUUUUAACUCCCUGGAUUCCCCUUUCCCGGGUUUCUAAGUCAUUCAGACAGGAUAUUGGCCAGUUCCAUUCUUCAGAAGAUUGUCAAGGAAAAACUGAAGGAUGAGCCAUCCACCCUCCCACGCAGACAUUCUAUGUGGAUUAUCGCCUCGUGAGAAAGAAGAAAAGGAGCUCUGCGUAGGAGGCUAAAGUAGCCUAGGCAUUUUUCGCCGCACUCGCAGUUCAAAUGAAUCAAGGCAAAGAGGUGAACCGGGAUGACCCCGUGGGAUGGCAUUCCGGGCCAAGUUAAGUAGGGUUGAAUUUUGCAUGAAUUGCCAUAAGAAUAAAUUUUUACUAAAACCCUUUCUGACUUGUCGCAAAACAACGGUUUACCGUUCAGCACUUGUCAGCUGUUUGUCUUCUUUUUUGUCGCAACACUGUAAAAUGACUCAAUGCUCGAUGUCAAGAAUGCAUGGGGCACACAGUGAGAAAGCUGGCCAAUCCGGGAGAGUUAGUCACGUGGCAACGGGCUAUUACGCAAAUGUUGCUAGUCAAUAUCAACAAACAACAGUGCAACGUACGGAGGUCGACAUUGAGUGAAAGUGUUGACAGGCCUUUGGCCUCAAAAUAUAAAAGGACAGCUACAGCGGCGAAUUUGACGACUGGCCGGGAGGAUCCAUUCAAAAUUAGGCUUAUUUCUAGACCAGCUAAGCUCAACCAUUGUCUUGUAUUCGCGUGUUAUUCAUUAGUCAGUUGUAAGGGACUAAAACUGCUUGCAUUGGAAAGCCCUUCGGAGGACCAGUAACAGCUAACUACGUCAGAAAACGAAUCAAAGCAAAAUGGGUCAACGGAAGAACGGAAUACAACACAACAACCUGAAGAAGAUAAACGCUGUGGUAAUGGGAAAAAACGGAGUUGGAAAAACCGGUAAGCUAAAUUUAAUCAAAGUGGUCAUGGCAAAAAGUGAAGCUGAACUUUAUAAGGAUCGAUCAUUAUGCACUUGUCAUACUUUUUAGCAGAAUUUUGCCUUAGUAUAUUCAUGUUAAGGAGUGGAUAUUAGAAGACUAAGAGGCUUCCGAGAGUUUUUUAAUUGAAAUAGUGGGUAAACAUUCAUUGUAUAAAUUAUUAAGUGGAUUGCAAACACUUGAUGCGUUUUUGCUAGAUAAACUGUUUGAUAAUUACUAGAUUAUUGUGUUUUUGUUAUGAUCGCAGUGUAAACACUUACUGGAGGUCAUUGUUCUUAGCAGAGAAGUGCAAAAACCGAUAAAGAAAACUUGCUAAUUAUUUGUUAGUUAUUAGACCGCAUUUCUCAGACUGAUGAGCGUUUCUCUUUUCUUUUUUGUAAAACAAGCUCUGACUGUUCGUCUUCUGACCAGAAGAUUCAUUGGCGAAUACGACAGCUCCCUUGGUAAGAUUUAACAAUAAAAUAUUCAGAUACGUUGAUUGGUUUUAGCUUACACUUGUAAAGCUACCACAGAUAUGUAACAGGCCUGCUGCCGAUGUAAGGAAAUGCAUGGGAAUUCUUUAUCAUUGUCGACAUAAUGGCAUUAGUGCAUUUGAAACGGCAUACAGCCCAUACACCUCUGGAGAACACGAUAUAUGCCGAUGAUGUAUUUUAUUGUGGUUUCAUAACUGAAGAGUGUCAGGAAUUCGACAAUAGAUCAUGAAUAAUAGAAUGACUUUCAAAAUGGAUUUAUGUUAAGUAAGAAAGUGACCUUAUUGAGUUGCGUUGGAUUGAUCUUUAAAAGAGGGCGCUAUAUCUGGAUACAAGGGCAUUUCUCUCUUUUGCAAUCACAGCUGGCGAAAAGAUUUACCCAGUGUGUGUCGUCAUUAAAAUUGAUACAUCUGACUCGCAAUCUCCGCGCGACAACUUGCAUACUUUACGCAGAAUAUUUUUAUGCAUUGCGCAAAAACAAUGCUCAGCUGCGUUCUCUGAAGAUAGAUUUCACAACUAAGUUCCUUAUGGCCCAAAGCACAAUUACCAAAUUUGGACUCAAAGCUCUCGGCACUUGCCGAUUUACUACGUAAAUUGACGAGGCUUUGUUUUAUGUGAGUGUAACUCCUCAAGAAAGUGGCAGGUCUCUUAUAAAUCAUGUCAACAGUAUAAGUUAUAUAAUAAGUGUCCCUUCUUGAGUUCCGUAUUGAAGCUCAUUAAGUUCAAACAGUCGAAUGAACUACUCGAUCAGCGAACAUUUUAAGCACACCUUAAGAACAACCCAAUGGCCCUUAUCAGGAGAACACGUUCUCUUGCCCCUUAAGUAUGCAAGAUUACAUGUACGUCAGAUGAACGAAUUCAUCACCAAGCCUCGCUUGCGGGGGAAAUUCUUCACAUCUGCAGGUUUUGUGCAAGAUACUUCUUUCAACUCUUCUGCCGGGCAUUCGGAGAAUUCAUUUAUGUAACACUUCGCAAAUUUACAUUUUCAAAACGAGACAGAGUUGACGAAGUUGUCUCGUCUUACGUCGACACAUAUAAAGGAUAUUCUUGAUUCGAACUGCCUAAACUCAGUCGGUAUACUCCGCUUACUAGACUUUCAUGGUCCAUUUGCCAUAUAUGCUAUACAAAAGCAACGCUCAAUUGUGAAAGGGCGCCGUAAAAUCGUCCGGGGAGUACAAUUCAUCUCGCCUCGCCUUUAAAGUGGUAACCGAGAGCUAGGAAUCUUUCAAGCACUUCCUCUUCUAAAAAAGGUUUUUCCUCUAGCUGUCCUGAAAUGAAUCAUGUGUCGGUUAAAAAAUUUCAACUUGAAAUGAAUUGAAACCACACAAAUACUAUUCUAGGGCGAUCGUAGCCCUAGCUGGUUAAGUUUAAUAAAUCUCGCUUGUAUAAUCAUCUCUAACGUUUGAGCGCUCUCUCCUACGGCAAUUUUGUUCCACUAGGAGGCUGGGAAGAUGCAAAAAAAGCUUUGUUGAUUCUUUUUUUCUUUUUGUCACUUAACUUCUGUUGAGAAGCCUGCUCCUGUUGUUUUCCCCAGCAAUGCUACAGUUGAUAGCUCUUUAGGUAGUUAAUUCUUGUUCUUUAAUUCCUUUAUAGAGGCUGGUGGACAUCGGGUGGAAUUAAUACUGAUAGCGUGUCUAAGUAGCGUUCUCAUACGUUCCAAAACGUUUCUUUUCAGAAUCGAUAUACAGACAUUUUUUUGAACUGGAAGGAGAACACAUUUUAGUCGAUAUCAUGGACACUGCUGGCAAGGUAACGAAAUCAAGAAACUAUCUAGGUGGACUCUAAAAGACAAUUUAUUUUUCCAUGCAGGCUUCAGUUCUUUUAAAUUUUCCUUCUCCCGAGCCCUCGGAAUAGUUUUCAGUUGACUGGGCCGGGUUUCAAAAGCUAGGUUAAGAUAACCCAGAGUUAGGGCGAGAUUUCAUUUAGACUGCUGAAGAAAGCUUAAAAAGCAAAUUCCGUUAAAUUCUUCUUGUCUACAAUUUGAUUAUUGUCAUUAUUUGAUAAUCUUAAAAGAAAAGAGAAAAUUAACUGAGAAAGAGCUUUUGAACAACAGAAAAAGAAACCGGAUUAAAAUUUAACCCGGGGUUAACACUAGUCGGCCUUUGAACAAUGAGCCUUGGUCUGGCGCGCGGCCAAACAGUAUAAGCAUUUCUUUGUACAACUAUAUUGAUGUCUAGCCCACAAAUCCCUAGCUUAUUCUAAUCGUUCAGUAUAUUGUCUAUUAGGAUCCAAAUCACUAUAUAACUUUCUAACCUUUUCCCGAAAUGAAUAAAAGUCAUUUUCUUUGAAAUAUUUUUCUUUGUCCCCACAAUUCUUUUAAGAAAGCCAAAUGCUUUGACUGGGUCUCAAAGAUCCGUAUGGCAUGAAUUUUGGGGAUUUAUCUUAAGUGUCAGAGGUUUCUUUCUUACAAUUAUUUCCUGAUGGUUCGCGAUAAGCUGCGAACGUGAGCAGCGAGCCGCGCGGACAGAGAGGCGCGAGGCGCCGAGAAAACCGUGAGCACCGUUUCUUUCAUCCCAAGUAAGUUAAGAACGAACUUCUGGUGAAAGGGUAUCUGGUAUAAAAUUAUCCAACUAAAUUCGAAUUCUUAUCAUUUCUUUUGACAGAACACAGAGGAAAAACUAGCUCAGUGUUCCUCUUUUGGAAACCUUUUUCUCCUGCUUUUUUCCAUCACCGAUAGAUCAUCUUUCGAGGAGAUCGAAAGACUUGGACGGUUUAUCAGAGAAACAAAAACCCACGGAGAAUACAGCAUAAUGGUAGUCGGAACAAAGCGAGACUUACGUGAUUACCGAGCGGUUUCCGAAGAUGAGGGUCACGUGGUUGCAAAUAAACUCGGAGGAACUUACUUUGAGAUUUCCAGCGCGGAUAGCUACGAAGGCAUCGAAAGGCUUUUUAGUUAUUCAAUAAAAUCUCAUUUAAAGUCAAGGUUCUUUGACCCGGAGAGGAACAGAAGAGUAAUGGGACUGAAGAAACUAAGAGAUGGCCUCCUUUUGCGGACUAAGUCAUUGUACAGAAGUCGAGGCAUGACAUUCUAA